AUGAUCACCGGUUUAACUGUUUCGCUGGUCUAUUGGCCAUUGCUCCUCGUCGGCCUCCGUGCCAAUUUACAACAUCUUCUUUCACCUUCUAAAGAAAUCCCCGGCCCCAAGCUAAACGCGGCUACUCGGAUCCCAUACACCCGUAUGAUGAGUAGCGGCCAAACCCAUCACAAACUCCAUGAGAUGCACCAAGAGUAUGGCGACAUGAUUAGAAUCUCUCCAGACGAGCUGUCUGUCCAAGGAGAGCAUGUCUGGGACGACUUGAUGGGUCACCGUAAGCAGGGAGCGCCAGAGAACGGCAAGGACCCAGGCUUUUUCAGUUUCUCGAAAUUCGGGAAUAAAAGUAUCGUUGGUGGUUCCCGUGAAGACCACGCCCGAAUGAGUCGAAGCCUGGCCCAUGGGUUCUCAGCAGCUGCCAUUGAGGACCAGGAGCCUAUUAUCGCUAGUUACGUUGACCUUCUCAUCCAGAGACUCAAGGAACGCUCAAACAACGGGGAGAGCGUCUUAGACAUGACAUCUUGGUAUAACUGGACUACUUUUUAUAUCAUCGGCGACCUUGCAUUUGGUGAAAGUUUUCGGUGCCUUCAAGAAUCCGACUACCAUCCUUGGUUGAGCCUGAUCUUCAAGCGCAUUAAAUACACAAGCCUGAAAGUAGCUGCCUACCGUUGGGGUGCAUUGUCAAACGUGGUGUUUCGAUUUCUUGAUCAAAGUCUGGCGGUUGCCGACACCACCCAUGUGAAUCUUAUUGAAGAGAAGCUCAAGGCCCGAGGGGCGAUGGAGACUGUUAGGCCUGACUAUUAUCAUGCAAUGACCGCAGAAGGGCCAGGUAGGAAGAGUUACAGUAAUCUGGAACUGCACGCGACAUCAAGUGUAUUGAUCACAGCUGGUUCUGAAACGACAGCAACCACGCUUUCUGGUGCCACUUAUCUCCUGGGGAAGCACCCCGAAGUGCUUCGAAAACUCGUCAAGGAAGUCCGUACUACAUUCAAGCACGAAAGCGAAAUCAACAUGCACAGUGUACAGCGUCUGGAAUAUAUGCUUGCCGUUCUGAACGAGACUCUCCGCCUGUAUCCACCUGUACCUGGUGCAAUCCCUCGCAUGAUGAAUCCAGAGGGAGGGAUUAUCAACGGCCGAUGGGUGCCUGGCGGGACCGUGGUUGGGAUUCACCAAUAUCCUCUCUACUACAGCCCGAAGUACUUUCAGUCACCAGAAUCCUUUAUACCUGAACGAUGGCAAGAUGAUUCUCGGUUCUCCUUUGGGCCGAGAAACUGCCUGGGCAAAAAUUUGGCAUAUGCUGAGAUGCGUUUGAUCCUUGCCCGAAUUGUAUGGAACUUUGACCUUCACCUGGCCAAAGACAGUGAUGGAUGGAUUGACAAGGGUGAGACAUACUUGAUCUGGCGCAAGCCAGCGCUUAAUGUUCAUCUCGUGCCCGCGACUACAGCGCUAAUUCAACGAGCUCUGCGGAAUAGUAUUGGACAUUGGCUUUUUACAUGCCAUCACCUGAAAUCCUCGGGCGACAAGAUGGUCACGAUCAAAACUCCAGAUGAGCGGGUUAUGUGCGUGGAUGAUAUUCGAAAGAUUGCCACGGCUAAGCUCCCACAAAUUAUUAGCGACUUCUAUAACGAUGGCUCUACGACUCAAGUUACUGUUCGCGAGAACUCCAGCGCGUACUCAAAGUACCGCCUGCGCGCGCGAGUCCUAGUUGAUGUCUCGGGGGUAGAUCCAUCGACUACGGUGUUGGGCGAAAAGAUCGCCUUCCCUCUAUGUGUGUCUCCCGCCGGCCUGCAAGCCAUGGCUCACCCAGAUGGAGAGCUGGCCACUGCGCGUGCCUGUGCCAAGCGCCGUGUUCACAUGGGUAUCUCCUCCUUUGCGAACCACUCGGUGGAGGAAAUCCGCGCGACCGGGCUUGCUGUCGGGCCCUUGACAAACGCCAUACAACUAUACACAAUGCGAGACAAGGAGAUGCAGCUGCGUAUCAUCCAUCGUGCCGAGGCAGCUGGCUGCAAAGCUAUAUUCUUGACGGCCGAUAGCCCUGUGCUUGGAGUAAGAUAUAAUGAGGUCCACAAUGACUUUCGGACGCCGGAUGGCUUGAACCUGCCUAUGCUAGAGAAGACAUCUGAGAUGAUCCGUUCGCAAACUCAUGACGACGGUUUUACCGCGUUCAAUUCUGACUCGCAUUCAUGGGAGAAAGAGAUACCAUGGCUUCGCAGGCACAGCAAGAUGGAGAUCUGGAUAAAAGGAGUCCUGACUGCCGAAGAUGUUCACCUCGCUGUACAGUAUGGCUGCGAUGGUAUCAUUGUGAGCAAUCAUGGUGGCAGACAGCUGGAUGAAACGCCCGCAACUGCCGACGUCCUGCUGGAGUGCGCCAAAGCAGCUAACGGCAACAUUCGAAUCCAUGUCGAUGGCGGCAUCAGGACUGGGACCGAUAUUUUCAAGGCGUUGGCUCUUGGCGCUCAGUGUGUGUGGAUUGGACGACCGAUGAUCUGGGGUCUGGCGUACAAUGGAGAAGCUGGCGUUACUAAAACUUUGGACAUUCUUUAUGAGGAAUUCAAACGAUGUAUGCAGCUGACGGGCUGUAAUACCAUUGCUGAUAUUUCUGUUGCGUCUAUCGGCGCUGUUGUCACAUAUAUCAUAGCAAAGGUCAUACAUGAGUUCUUCUUACAUCCGUUACGCAAAUACCCGGGGCCUCUAUUAUCUAGAUUUACGAGGGUUCCAUAUUGGAUUGCCAACUUGACGGGCAACCAAGUCCACCACAUGCACCAGCUGCAUUCGCGGUACGGGCCAAUAGUGCGUUAUGGCCCCAAUGAUAUGAGUUACACCGAUAGUCAGGCAUGGAAGGAUAUCUACGGCCAUAGGAAGGACAAACAAGACAAUCCAAAGGACCGACGCUUCUAUCCUCAACCAGAUUCGGGUGUCCAUUCCUUAAUCACAGCGAGUAAAGAGGAUCAUGCCCGUGUGCGACGAAUGUUCGCGCUCGCCUUCUCAGAUCGCGGCCUCAAGCAGCAGGAACCUCUGUUUCAAAAGUACGCCGAUCUCAUGGUAUCGAAGCUUCGCGAGUUUUCGGCCACAGAGCAGGAUCUGGUCAAGAUCCUCAACUUCACUACCUUUGAUAUCAUGGCUGAGUUGACAUUCGGUGAGCCUCUUGGCCUGCUCGAGGGAUCAAAGUACUCGCCGUGGGUUGCCAGCAUCUUCCAAGCAAUCAAGGCCGGUCCAAUGGUGCAGAUGGGACUCUACUACCCGCUCUUAGGCUAUUUAUUGAAGUCUCUAGCACCAAAGAAACUCCAGGAGAUGCGUCGAUCGCACGCGCAACACACAAUCAGUCGUGUCGACCAGCGUCUCGCCCGGGGCUCCACACAGCCCGACCUCUGGAAUCUAGUUGUGACCGACGAAGGCGAGAAGAAGCUCUCACUGCAAGAGAUGUACAACAACGCCGACGUGUUCAUGCUUGCAGGCACCGAGACGACCGCCACGCUGCUCUCAGGUCUAACCUUCUAUCUUCUGACUAACCCGGAGAAAAUGCGAAUACUAGUUGAAGAGAUCCGAGGAGCUUUUGACAGCUCCGAAGAAAUGAUGUUUGAUCGCCUAGCAAGUUUAAAGUAUCUUCAUGCCUGUAUUCAGGAAGGCCUGCGCAUGUAUCCUCCAGUUCCCUCGUCGCUAUCACGAGUCGCACCAGACCACGGCACUAUCAUAUGUGAUGGGUUUGUUCCUAGUGGCACAAGCAUUUCAGUUCACCACACGGCAACAUAUAGAAGCCCGAAAAACUUCCGCAAUCCAAACGAUUUUGUUCCAGAGCGGUGGCUAGGCGCUGAGGAGUACGCAGAUGAUCUGCGUGAGGCUCUCCAGCCAUUCCACCUUGGACCCCGAAACUGUCUUGGCCAAAAAACGCAUGCUGUGCAACAAAACUAA